CGUUCUCUUUCCUCUUUCCAUUAUUUCAAAUGUAGUCAAAGUAGUCAACAUUACACUACACUAGAAGUGAGUUUCCUCUCUAAACGACUGCCACACUUGAGCAUUUCGCCGGAAAAUGCGAACCCAAACCCCCAUUUCCGUCGGAAUGCUCCCUCUGCUUAUCGGGAUAGUCACCCUUUUCGCCGGUUUCCCCUCUGGGAGUUCCAAAUUCACCAUAGAACCCUGCUCCAACGCAAGCCCCUGCUCUUCUCUCGUCGGCUACACUCUUUACACCGACCUCAAAGUCUCCGAGGUAGCCACCUUGUUUAGCGCCGACCCAAUCUCGAUUCUCUUGGCCAACUCCAUCGACAUUUCGGUCGCCGACGUCGAAAGCCACGUCCUUUCCGAGGGAAUCUUCCUCAAGGUUCCGGUCAAGUGUUCCUGCGUCGACGGGAUAUUCAAAUCCGCCUUUGUCAAGUACACGACCCGACCCAACGACACCCCUACCUACGUCGCAGAUGUAAUCUACUCCGGCCUCGUCUCCGCCGACCAGAUUAAGGAUGGAAACCCGGGAGCCGUGGGCUCCGACCCGUCUACCCUCAGUGCCGGAACUGUGCUGUGGAUUCCUCUGCCCUGCACCUGCUUCAACGGAACUGAUAACAACCUUCCGGCCAUUUACAUGUCCUAUGUUGUUCAGCAAGCCGACACUCUACAGAUGAUUGCGGGAAAUUAUUUCACCACCGUGAAUGACCUCAUGACUGUGAAUAGCCUGGCAAGCAAUGAUAUCAGCCCAGGCGACAUUCUUGCUAUUCCAUUAUCUGCUUGUGCGUCAAACUUUCCAAGUUACGCCUCAGAUUUUGCCUUAUCUGUGCCGAAUGGGAGUUAUGCUAUAACCGCAGGUCGCUGUGUGCUGUGUAGCUGUGGGCCUGAUAGUCACAAUUUGCGCUGCAUGCCUGCUCCAUUGGAAGAUUCGUGCUCAAGCAUGCAAUGCAGAAGCAGCAAUCUCAUGCUUGGGAAUGUUACUGUGCAGCAGACUUCUGGGGGUUGCAAUGUGACCUCCUGCAGUUAUGGUGGUUUUGUCAAUAACACCAUCGUCACUGUAUUAUCCUCAUCUCUGCAGCCUCGAUGCUCAGGAGCACAGCAAUUCCCUCCCCUCUUUGCACUCCCAUCAGAAGCUCCGAAGACAAUGUAUUCUCCUGCACCUGCACCUUUAGUGGCUGGUGGUCCUAUAACAACAUCGUCUCCAGUGCCUUCAUCUAACUCAGUUGUAUCGUUUCCACCUGCGAAUAGCCCCCCUGGGAUUUCAUCAUCUCCUUGCUCGCUGCAAAACCCUUUGUCUAGAUUUCCAAUUGCAGUAGUGCUUGUCUUGUUUGUCAAAUUUGUGACCUUCCUGUAAUGUAUGCCAUUGGUUGGAGUCUUUUAUCCUUCAUUGAGAAUUGGCAUCAAUGUUAGGGAAACUGGGUGGUGCAAGGUGCAGCAUUGGCAUUGACAGGCUUUUUAUGGAGUAACUGUUUAUUUAUUGUCCUUAGGAUCUUUGGCUUUUCAAUGUCAUCAUUAAUUGUAUGAGAGCUUUUCCGGUUCCCCCUUCGUUAUAGAGAUUUUCAACUUUUAGUCCUCUCAAUAUUGCGAGUAGGGACGAGAUAUCUAAAUCAAGAACCGUAGAACUGAGCCGGUAAGAACCAAUUCAAUUUUUAGUUUCCUACAUGUGAAUUAGUUUUUCUUAUUGUUUCCGUUUUUAGUCGUAGUUAAUGCCAACUUUCUCAACCGAAUGAUUCUUUU